GUCCGACAGCAGUUCAGACUAGGACAGGCUCUCACGUUGAGGUACACUCUGCUGCCAGGCGCUGGGAAGAUGCUGCUGCUGCUGUACCAACUCAUGCUGGGCACCCUGAGGGGUCACUGGGCCGCAGCGUCCUCGCACCCUACCCUCUGCACCAGCGGCGCCUGCUACACGGCGCACAUGGUCGCCAAGCCCUUCUGGCGGGCGCUGGACAGCUGCAAGGCCAACGGCGGGAACCUGGCGACGGUCAAGGACCAAGGGGAGGCGAGGCACAUCCACCGCCUGCUGGAGUCGAGCCUCGCCGGGUCGCCGGGCGCCCGCCGCAGGUUGUGGCUGGGGCUCCAGCUGCCCCGCCGGCACUGCUACCAGCAGCACAAGCCGCUGAGGGGCUUCCUCUGGACCUCGGGGGGCGAGGAGAGCACCUACUCCAACUGGGCCCGGGAGCCCCUCAGCACAUGCACCGCGCACCGCUGCGUCUACCUCACCGUCUCCUCCCCUUCCAGCCCCGGGGCCUCGGGGAUUCGCUUCGCCUGGGCGGACGGCGUGUGCAGCGACCACAGGGUCGACGGCUACCUCUGCAAGUUCAGCUUCCGAGGCAUGUGCCGGCCAGUCGAGCUGGCCGGGCCCGGCUCGGUCACCUACACCACUCCGUUCGACGCCGAGAGCUCCACCCUGGCCCUGGUGCCCUUCGGCUCGCUGGCGGCGGUGUCGUGCCAGGGCUCGCUGUCGGUCAGCUACACCCUGUGCCAAGAGACCAGCCCCGGCUCGUACGGCUGGUCGCCAGCCGAGCCCGGGCUCUGCGCGCCGCUCUCCGCCUGCGAGGCGGGCAAUGGCGGCUGCGCCCACAUCUGCCGUGAUGGUUUGGGCGGGAGCGCCACGUGCAGCUGCCGCGACGGUUACGCGCUCGCGGACGACCUUCGCUCGUGCCAGCCCCUGGAUCCCUGCCUGGGCCACCCCUGCGAGCAGCUGUGCGUCCCGCGCCCUGGAGGGUUCCAGUGCGCAUGCGAUGCCGGCUACGCCCUGGCUGGGGACGGGCGCAGUUGCCCGGAUGUGGACGAGUGCUCCUCCCGGCCAUGUGCCCACUGGUGCCAGAACACGCCAGGUUCCUACCAGUGCCAUUGCCAGCCAGGCUACGAGGCCAAUGGGCACACCUGCUUCGACAUGGAUGAGUGCGCCGGGCAGCCAUGCCAGGGGCCCUGUGCCAACACCCAGGGCAGCUUCCGGUGCUUCUGCUGGUCUGGAUACGUCCUGAGCGCCGAUGGGGUGUCCUGCGCUCCGCUGGAUGUAGUCAGCUCCCCGCUAGAUGUAGUCAGCACCCCGCUAGAUGUUGUUAGCACCCUGCUAGACGUGGUCAGUACCCAGACUGCCCCAGCUACGGACUGGAAUGCAGACGUGGACACCAGAGCCAGCUGGGGUGCCACCUACGACACGAUGCCAACAGCUCUAGGGAUCCACUUGGGCACCACUGCAGACAUCCAACCAGGUGAAGGAACCACGAGGAGUAGCGCCGUCAUGACUUUCAGCACCGGGAGCCAGCCACCGGUCACAUCGCCCACUGGCAGGGAGCUCCAUGGCACGGACAGUGCGCUCGACCCAGUGAGAAACGAAGCGGACAGAGGCUGGUUCCUGGCCUGUGUCCUGGGUUCGCUCUCUGCUGGCCUGCUCCUCCUUUGCAUAGUGGCUGUGAUUCUGUGUCGUCGUCACAGGGCUGCAAAAGACAAGGCCGAUAAUGGCAGGCAUUUCUCCAGCUGGAUCCAAGCCCCAGGGCCACCACCAUUUAGAGCUGCAGACAAAGUCACGUCUGUCAACUCUUCCAUCAAUAACUACAUUGAGAUGGAGACAGAUCAGAACACAAUCAGAGUGGAGACAAUGUUGUUGCUGCUGUGCCUCUGCCUGAGCGCCGGGCUGCACGGCGGGCUGGUGCACGGAGUGCUGAGCCCGCAGCCCGCGGUGCAGGAGCCCACCCCCAGCGUCUGCGUCGCCACCGUCUGCUACAGCCUGCAGCGGCAGCGCAGGAAGUUCAACAUGGCCCGCAAACUCUGCAAGAACGGCGAGGGAGAGGCGAUGACCGUCGGCUCCACCGUGGCCGCCGAAGCCAUCGCCGUGCUGCUGGGCUCCGGCGGCGAGGUGGGGGGCGAGCGCCCCCGCUGGACGGGAGGAGGAACCGAGAGCCCCGCCGCGGGAGGGGGCGAGCGCCCCCGCUGGACGGGAGGAGGAACCGAGAGCCCCGCCGCCGGAGGGGGCGAGCGCCCCCGCUGGACGGGAGGAGGAACCGAGAGCCCCGCCGCGGGAUGGGGCGAGCGCCCCCGCUGGACGGGAGGAGGAACCGAGAGCCCCGCCGCGGGAGGGGGCGAGCGCCCCCGCUGGACGGGAGGAGGAGUGAAGGAGAACUUCUGGGUCGGCCUGCAGCUGCACCGCAAGGCCUGCCCUAGCAACGAGAGCCUGCUGCGGGGCUACCGCUGGGUGGACGGCGAGGCCGCCGCCAACUACAGCCAGUGGGGCGCGACGACGGAGGAGUGCGGCCCCCGCUGCGUGACGGUGUCCGCCGGCGGCGCCUGGGAGGAGCGGCCGUGCAACCAGAAGGCGGACGGGGUGCUGUGCGAGUACCGGUACCCGGGCAGCUGCGGGCGCCUGAGGGCCGGCGGCAACGCCACCGUGGUCUACCGCACCCCGUUCGGCGCCGACGGCCGCCACCUGUCCGAGCUGCCCGCCGGCACCCGAGCGCAGGUGGCGCCCUGGGGCCUGGAGUUCACCUGCCGCCCGGGGGAGGCGGGCGAGCCGCGCGGGGCCUGGCGGGGGCCUCGGGCCUCGGCGCCCUGGGCCUGCCAGGUGGAGAACGGCGGCUGCCAGCACACGUGCCUCGGCGAUGCGGGGCCCGGCGGCGGCGGCCCGCGGUGCGGCUGCCCGGCCGGCUCCACCCUGGGCGCGGACAACACCAGUUGCCAGGCCUUCGACCCGUGCCGGGAGGCGAGGUGCGAGCACCGCUGCAUCGUGCAGGGCGGCACCCCGUACUGCCUGUGCUGGGACGGCUACACCCUGGGCGAGGACAGCAAGAGCUGCACCGACGUGGACGAGUGCCAGCAGAGACCGUGCGAGCAGCUCUGCGUGAACACCCCGGGCAACUUCAGCUGCCAGUGCUUCCCCGGCUACUGGCUGGGCGGGGACAACAAGUGUCAGGAUGUUAACGAGUGUGAGACCAUCAACUCCUGUGCCCAACGCUGUGCCAACACUCUGGGAAGUUACAAAUGCAGCUGCAAUCCAGGCUACCACCCAGACCCCGACGAUAGUCGAGAAUGUGUGUUCUAUUGCGAGGAACAAACAGACCCCUGUGCUGCCCGCUGCAUUGGAGUGAACUGCUACUGCCCCGUGGGUUAUAUCUAUAAUGACCUGCUCAACAUUUGCCAUGAUAUCGAUGAGUGUGAGGCCGGUGCUUGCGACAUGACUUGCGCCAACACCCCUGGCAGCUUCAAAUGUGACUGCAAAGAGGGCUUCGUGCUUCAGGAGGACGGUGUUACUUGCGACAUCGAAGGCUCCGGCAGUGGCAGUACCCUACUGUCCACCACCAUCUCGCCCCAUGUCGUCCAACCAGGCCAGGCUGGGGUCUCACUCGUCGUGGUUUUGGCCUCCAUUUUCGCUAUCGCCGUCUUGACUCUGGUGUUUGCUGGCUUGGCUCACCACCUGCUGACCAAACGGGGCAAGUGGAAAGCCUCUGCCGCCUACAAACCAACUAACGUAGACAUGGACCUCUGUCAAGUCACCUCUCUGGAUGAGCAAAAGCAGCAGCUUCAGAGCACAGAGAUAUCAGGUGUGGCCACCUGAAGAGCUGAACUUUAAAUUGGAAGAACAAACUGUUAUGAUUAUAUUGGGGUGGGGGAAUUAACAAAAACAAACUAAUUUGAGUUUAGAACAAUGCGAAGCUGGGGAGUGUGUGAACAUUCCUGUGUUUCCUAAAAAGAAUAGCUUCACCCAACAUUCCUCAUGGAUACUCUUGGCCAAAGAUCACAAUAAGGUACCUACGUGAGCUACAACCAUAACGACGAAGCUGGGCUAAUUUGCAGAAGCCAGCUUCUGACUCUAGACUGCAUUUUCUCCUAGUUGACAGCUCUUGUUACAAGUUUAAGGGCAGUCAGGAUAAACUAAAUCAAGAACUAAGGAAACGCCAUUGUACUAAGAAUUAUAUCAACUAGUCCAUUUCAAGAAGAAAGGUCUGCAGGCUUAGAAUGGCAGAUGAAUUGUUUUGGAAUUGUAAUCAUCUGUCCAAAUUGGGUGAGAUCUACCUGCAGAAAUUAAAGAAAGCAUGUAGCUGCCAUACAAUGGCUGAGCCAAAGAUCAAGAUGGCCAGUUGAAGUCAAACUAAGUCAGGUGAUGUUUACCGAAGCAGUUCUGAGGGGGGACUAUUAAGAAUGAUCCUGUUAAAUAAGAGUAGGGACUGAGUUGCACUAUUGGCGAUUUGAGUGAAAGGACUGGAUAUCAGAAUUUAAUUCAGUGGUUCUCUUACUGGAAUAUGUGGAGUGCUGGGUGUUCACAGGGACCUGCCGAGGGGUGGCAAUGCCAGGCUGACCCACUGGUAAUUGCCUAGACUGAGAUUGUCCCAGUAAGUGAGUGAGCAGUGGUUGGAGGCAAUAUCAGUCUACGCUCUCACCACCACUCUUGGUGCUCCAGCUGUCUGACUAAUUCGCUAAUGCAUUAUCUGUGUCUGUGCUGUUUCUCCGUCACGGCCUAUGCUCCCUGGUUACGCCCGCUCCCUCGGCACCUUUUCUUCCUCUAGGCUUAUGCUCUUGCUAUCUGACUACCUCACAAAUUUGUUUUCUGUGCUCCCGCACCCUCUGUGCCCUCUUGUGCUUUUUCCAUUCUCCUAUUCUCCUUUUUCUUCUGUGCUCUGCAAUCUGCACACUCCUGCUGUCACUGCAGUGUACACUUGCUUCAUUCCUGUGCUUCCCCAUUGCUUCUGCUGACUCCCCUGCUUUGUACUGAUUUCUGUGCUCUGUUCUCAUCAGUCAUUUUCAUAAUGCACACCUCCCAUUCUCUUUGGCUUCCUGUUGGGAGUAAACAGUACCUUCACUGACAAUCAGGCACACCAUCUAACUGAUAUUCAUGAGCAAAUAGCUGUUUUCUUUUUAAAAAGUCUUGUAAAUCUCUCUUUCUAUGAAGCACCUCAAUUUUAAAGUAUUGUAGAGAUGUGGAUGAUUUAGUAGUCCUUCUGAAAACAGGUAUUUCAACAAAUAAAAUUGGGAACCACUGUUUUAAUCAACAAGAUAUUUUUCAAUGUUGUCCGCUAAAGAUUAGUUAUCUGAACUUAUCAUCCAAAUGACAUGAAAUUCAUUUGUUUGUGUGAAAUCACAUAUGUCACCAUUCAGGCAUUACUUUAAACUUACGUUUUCCAGUUGCUAAUUGCAUGUUUUUAUGAAGGGAAUGAGAAGAUGAAAACUUGUAUAUUUAUAUUUAUUACAUUUUUAAAAUAUCUGUAUACUCAUUUAAAAUGUUUUUUCACAUUUGUAUGCUAAUUGUCAGGAUACAGAAACUGAACAUGUCUUUUUUUUUGGACUGAAUUAAAAUGCAUACUAUUUUAAAAAUAAA